UGUGCGUACUGAGUGCGCGCCGGCUUAUUCCCUGGCCGUGCAACAGCCUCCGGUGGGGACUAGUGACUCUCACCCGCACCUUCUUUCGCCCUAGCGCCGCCACCCUCCCGUCUCCACCCUCCGCAUUUAUUUUGUGAAGCUCCUCUCAAAAAGCAGCUUGAGCAAACCAGUCCCCGGGCGCGUUCACGAAGUGUGUGUGUGGCGCGCGUGUGUGGAGAUUAUAUACCGAUAUUACCUUCCCCGUUUUUUGCUCCUCUCUCUCUCCAACCCUGCCUGGUGCCUCAACCGCUGCUGAGGAGGAGCAGCAGCAGGAGAGAAACAUGGCGAAAACCGAGCAGGUCCUGAAUCUGGAACCGCAGCACGAGCUCAAAUUCAAAGGCCCCUUCACAGACGUUGUCACUACGAAUCUGAAACUUGGCAACCCUACAGACAGAAAUGUCUGUUUCAAAGUGAAGACUACAGCGCCACGCAGGUACUGCGUAAGGCCCAACAGUGGGAUUAUAGACGCAGGAACGUCAAUUAAUGUCUCUGUGAUGCUACAACCUUUUGAUUAUGACCCUAAUGAGAAAAGUAAACACAAGUUUAUGGUUCAGUCGAUGUUCGCACCCCCUGAUACUUCAGACAUGGAAGCAGUAUGGAAAGAAGCAAAACCAGAAGAACUCAUGGAUUCAAAACUUAGAUGUGUCUUCGAGCUGCCAGCAGAAAAUGAUAAACCCCAUGAUGUAGAAAUAAAUAAAAUUAUAUCCACAGCUGCAACAAAGACAGAAUCUUCCGUAAUGUCAAAAUCGUUAAGUUCUUCUUUGGAUGACACUGAAGUUAAGAAAGUAAUGGAAGAAUGUAAGAGGCUUCAGUUAGAAGUUCAGAGGUUACGAGAGGAGAAUAAACAAUUUAAGGAAGAAGAUGGACUGCGGAUGAGAAAGGCACCCCAGACAAACCACCCAACUUUUGCUUCAGCAGGGAUUGCGAAGGAGGAGGGUCUCAGCACCAGACUACUCGCACUGGUCGUUUUGUUCUUUAUUGUUGGCGUAAUUAUAGGGAAAAUAGCCUUGUAGAGGCAGCAUGCCGAGGAUUGUAAAUUGGAUUGACGGAUCUGCCAUAUCAUUGGAUUAAAUUUAUUCAUAACAAAUGUUUAAAAAAAAUGUAUGACAUCUCACAGGUCUUGCCUUUUAAAUUUUUACCCCUGCACAAAUAUAACAUUAACAUAACAUAAUCUUCUAGAAAGUUUAAAAUGUAUGAGGAGUAAGCAGGAGGAGAGAGAAAUUACCUUGUUUGUGAGCAAUGAGGAAGAAAUCAUGUAUGUAACACUAAAAUGGUGCAUUGUUUUAAAAAAAGUAUCUUUAAACUUUUCUUGGACCUUAGUACCUAUUAAUGGACUUCUUUCCUUUGGUGGGGGGUGGAAAAACCCUUCCUCCAUUGAAGGAGCUGACCCUUCUGGUUAUUUAGAAGUUAUCUUGGGCAGGCUAGAGCGGGGGUUUUCUGUAAAAUAUACUAACCCACCAUUCCUUCCCAUAAAUUUAACAGUUCUGUCAAGUGGGUGCGACUCGGGUCUCAGAAUCUCAGCAGUGUAACUCCCCAAGCUGCAGUUGACUUCACUCUGAAUUAUAGAAGCAUGACCCUGCCUCUUUAGCCCCUGUGUCACCUGCAGGGGCUGUGCACCCCUGACGGUGGGGCUGUGGUAGAUCAGAACUCCGAGAGCAAAGGUAAAAGGAUUUGGAGCCACCAGAAGGGAGCCAGCAGCAGCACCAGGGCUACUGAACGGACAGUGUUUCUUGCAAGGGAGUAGCUAAAACCUUUUGGCAUUUUGGGGCUGUGCUAGGACUGGGGAGGUCCUCUGCAUGCUUUUUUGCUGCACCUAGUAUGUGGUGAGGGGAAUCUAGUUGCCCGUGGUGGUUUGGAAACACAGGGAGCCCACUUCCUAGCUCGUGUCAGUCAGUACGUUGCACCAAAGUGCUCCAAGUUGAACUGGGGGGUGAUUCUCAUUUCGCCAAGCUUUGUAGGAGAGGAGCAUUGCAUCGGGCCGUUGUGUAGAACACCCUAACCCUCCCCUUUUGCUCUCAGUCCAGUCAGAUAGCUUCCUUCUGUCCCUAUGUGUUCCAGUCUGGAUGGCAAUGUGUUAAUGGGGACCAUGCGUUUCUGCCUUCUUACCCAACACAUCUUUUUUCCCACCCCCAAUUGGUCAUGUCCUCCAGUGACACUUGCACCCACAGCAAACUCUCAGCAGUUGCACCCACAGCAAACUCUCACAGGCUUAGGCGUACGCGGCAUUGAGUGUGUGUGAGUGUGUGUGUGUGCACGCGCAUGUUGUCUCUUGCAUAACCUCAUUUUCCCUCUUUAGCCAUUACCUUCUUAUGAAGCUUUUGCAGAUCAGGUUUCUGUCCUGAACCAGAUAAAAGGCAAUCAGGGAUUCAGUCUUCUGGACUUGAGGGGGGGGAAAUGGGAGGUUUGUUUUGUGUGCGCAUUAGUGUAGCACAGCUUAGUUCAGCCUGUGGUGUGUUCUCUGUCUCUCCUCUCAACAGCUAGAGAGGGAGAAGCUCCCUCUUCGCCCAUUAGCUGCUUAGUGGUGACUUUUGAAUAAUAAUUGCAUCGAGAGAGGCGGUGUCACUUGGACUGCAACCCACGCUGAAAAAGAGGCAAGAUUCCAGGGACACCUGCAUGAAAGAACUUAUGGGUGGAGCCCCCUGUUCUAGGCAACCUAGUUAUCCUGUGUGUGGGAGGGGUAGAUUCAGGCACACAGCAUCAGGGUGCCUCACAUUGGCUUUAGCUUAAUUGAUGUCAGGAUAAUUAAGCAGCAAAAAGCUUAAAGGAACUGAAUGCAGCCCCCACUGCAAGAUUGAAAGGUAUCGCUGGACAGUCGUCACGUGCGUCCGGUUGCAUGGAAGGAGGGGGUGUGCCUUGUUCUAAAAGGGGACCAUUGCUGUUGGUUCAUGUAGCUGAGUUAAACUCUUAAUGCAUAUUUAACUUAUUUAAUGUAUUUCAUCUCAUGUUUUCUUUUAUUGUCAUGGAAAUUUGACUAUUGCUAUCAAUGAUUUAAAAAGAAAAGGAAAAGGCACCUGUUCAAAGCUGGUGGAUAGAACUAAAUUUUUCUUUUUAUUGCUGUAGUGGUGAUGGAUUCUUCUGCCUCCUAAUGCUUUGGGCACCACAUAAUUCUCAGUUUCGAUCAUCUAAACAUUGGGGGAAACAGCGGUCAGGAAACUGUUUUUGUAUAUAAAAUAAGUCUAUGUAGGGGAAAAAAUUAGUAGGAAAUAGUUCUAUGCUGUAAAAAAAAAAAGACCAAUCCUGUUUGACUAUGUAGCAUCUUUAAAAAAAAAUCAAAUAAAUCUACCCCCAAAUUAA